AUGAGCACAACCACAACCGGAGCCGAGGAAGACCCAGCAACAGCAAACAUGUACGAGUACGAGCACAUCAUGACCUUCGACGAGCCCAUGAUGAUGGGCUCGUCGUCGUCGACCGCCGUCGCCACCGGCAGCAGCAGCUCGGCCAGCGGGUCGGUCAAGAAGAAGAAGUCGAUCAAGUCGGACGACUCGCUGACCCUGCGCGGGCCCAUGGAGGUCGACGGGUCCGUCAAGUCGAUGGCCUCCGUGUCCUUCUCCGGGGACUUUUCUGUUCGGGAUCGCAUCGAGGCCUACGGCAACCUGGAGGUGGAUGGGAAUCUGACCUGUGGUGGGAAGGUGAAGAGCAUGGGGAAUGUCAAGGUUAGGGGGGCGGUCGUCUGCAUGGACAAAGUCAAGAUCUUUGGCAAGCUCAAGAUCACCGGGACACUGGAGGUACAUGGGGAUUUGGAGGUUUGGGGCAAGCUGACCAUUGAUGGUUAUCUGAAGUGCAGGACUCUGACGGCGUAUGCCUCUCUCACCACCGUCGGUGACCAAUCUUGGUACGAGGUGGAAGAGGGCGAGAAGGUUCAUGGCGCGAAGCUGGUGCAGCGUUAUUGA